AUGUCUUCUGCCGGUCACGCGUCCCCCAACGUCCUCAUCGAUAAGUUCGAUGGGUACAACUAUUCGACCUGGAGUCGAUACAUGCGUGGCGUGUUCCUCACCAAGUCGGUGUGGCAUGUUGUCAACCGGGAGAGCUCCCCGACGUUCGUGGGCCCUCGAGCGCAGGACGACUUCGUCAAGACCAACAACAUCGCAUUUGGAAUGAUGUUGCUCCACAUGGGUGCGGAUUAUCACCAUGUGGUGGACGACUAUGAGGAAGCGUGA